GAAAAAGUGUUGAUGUGGUGCGAAGCGCUUUCUAAUGCACAUAUAGCGGAGAGGAGGAGAGGAAAAGGAGGACAGAGGUACCUCAGCAUCAGCGCCGUUCAGCGUGUACAGCCGUUGGGGCAGGUUAACUUUACUUCACGCCUUCAGCCGUUUUCCCACUUUUGACACCUCCUUCCCGCUCGCGCUCAGCUCCGCAGGCUCCGCGCUCCCUCAGGCUGGUUCAGCUCGACUCUGAGAACCGUCACCGUCAGCAUGGCGCAGCAGCACUUCAGGAGCGGCCCGGCUUUCGGACUUUCCGCCGAAGUGAAGAGUAAGCUGGCCCAGAAGUACGACCCUCAGAAGGAGGAGGAGCUCAGGCUUUGGAUUCAGGAGGUGACGGGCCGCAAGGUUCCAGACAACUUCAUGGAGGGCCUUAAAGACGGAGUCAUUCUCUGCGAACUUAUCAACGCUCUCCAGCCCGGAUCUGUGAAAAAGAUCAACAACUCCACUCAGAAUUGGCAUCAGCUGGAAAACAUUGGCAAUUUUGUCCGAGCAAUCCAGGAGUACGGCCUGAAGCCACAUGACAUCUUCGAGGCCAAUGACCUGUUUGAGAAUGUCAACCACACUCAGGUUCAGAGCACUCUGAUUGCUCUGGCUGGGAUGGCUAAAUCCAAAGGCUUCCGUUCUAAGUACGAUGUUGGGGUGAAGUAUGCAGAGAAACAGCAGCGCAGGUUUGCCCCUGAGAAACUGAAGGAGGGACGCAAUGUUAUCGGCCUGCAGAUGGGAACUAAUAAGUUUGCCAGCCAGAAGGGUAUGACAUCAUAUGGCACACGGCGUCACCUUUAUGACCCCAAAGUUGGCAUGGAGAAUCCCCUGGACCAGUCAACAAUUAGCCUGCAGAUGGGAACCAACAAAGGAGCCAAUCAGUCUGGGAUGACAGCGCCGGGCACCAAGCGCCAAAUCUUCGAUAAGAAGCUGGACAUGGAGAGCUGUGAUACAUCCAUUGUUUCACUCCAGAUGGGCACCAACAAGGUGGCUUCUCAGUCUGGCAUGACCGUCUAUGGCCUCCCGCGCCAAGUCUAUGACAGAAAGUACUGCACCUACCCUGAAGACUACAUGGACAACGGCCAGGACGUGCGGGAGAUUGACGGAUACCAGUAUUCUGACUAAGCCGCAUGGACAGCUACCCCGCACACUGCUUUUAUUUUUUUUUUUUACAUUCACCCUUUUCUUUUUUAAAUUCACCCACUGUUUUCUUGUAUUCUAAACGUCAACCCGCAACCAGAACUGUUAACAGGUGUCACAGCCAUCAACCAAAGCUGAAAAGUAGGUCUGCUGACUUUUGAGAAAUCUACGAAGAAUUUUUGCUGUUUAUUUUUUAAUGUUACAUUUUUUCUGCCACUGGCUAUUCCUGCUUCUCACUCAGAAUAGUACCUUUUUUAUUUUAUUUUUCGAGUGUAGCAGCAUCUUAUCACCUCAUGUGCAUGACAUUCCGUUUACAGCAGAGGAAAGAAAACUGUGCUUCCUACCAGAUAUUACAGUGAAAAAAAAUUCUUAUUAUUUCUUAUGCUUCUAUAUUUAUGAUGCUUUAUAGCUUUGUUUAGUUUAAUUUAAGAGGAAAUAGCCCCAAAAACCACUAAUGCUGCAAAUGAUCACAAAGCUUGGGCUGUGAAGUUUGGUCAAAAAGAAAAGUAAAAAUAGAUAUAUUUAAAAAAAAAGAGUGUCCCACAAGGAUGCUGUGCUACUAACCAACCACAUCAACAUGACUUCAGAAGCAGUGAACACUCACUAACAUCUAACUAACAACCGCAUCUGCCUUCUUUGAUAGACGCCUCACUGCCUGUGAGGACACUGCAAACACAUUAAGUUAUUCCAGUUCGACAUGCCGUUUUGAUUUGGUCAGACUACUCUGUUCUCCUUCAUGCUCGUUCCUACUCUUUCACUCCAUAAAGAGCAUCCGAAGACGGCUCUUAAACACAUAUCAGAUCAUCCAGCCGUGAGGCUUUAAAUCAAGCUGAACUCCAUAGGUACAGAACAUGACCAGAGGAAUGUACACUACUGCAGUAUUGCAUGGCUUUUGGAAGUGCGUAAAAUUUCAUAUUCACGUUCCAAUCACACUCUUUGCCUCGUUCUUAGUAAUAUGCAAAAUGCCUUAACCAUGCAAGGUAAGAAAAUUUUAAGUGGCUUAUGUGAGCUUAUUAUCAACGUAUAUGGUAGCUAUAUCCAAGUUAUGGGUUAUAGUUAAUAGCAGUUGCAGAUAUAUUUUAAGGAGUCAAGUCUGUUUGAAUAGCCAGAGGUGCCUGAUAUGGUUAGAACUUGUAUAGUAAGAAGCACCUGAUGUAGUUUACAGAGAAUGAGAUUAGAAUGAACGUGAGAGCUCAUUGGAGACAAGCGGUGAUUGUAGAGCAGAAGAAUUCUUGGUGAAGUGGACGAAGGCAAAUGCAUCAUCCUAGAAUGCAUCGUUCAGGUGCAGAUCAGUCUUCAGCAAGGUGUGUAACUGCUGAGUACAUGUGCCUCACUUACGAAAUCCGAUCCAGCAUCCUCACAUGCUGUUUUCUGGCUCAAAUAGAAUAGAGCAUCCCAGUCUAAAAAUGCAUGAGGCAAAAGAUUGCAAUGAUUAGAUGUUCAAAUAUAACCACAUGCACUCAGAACAGUGAGAUCUAGGUUCAAGGCUGUUUUAACCUUUCCCCAAACAUAUGUGAUCAGCCAAGACGUUUGGUGUCCGAAGUUUGCUUCUAUAAUGUCACUCAAAAAGACUUUUCAGCAGUGAUGCUCAUAACAAAUCAUUUGAAUUGCUCAGCUGGAAUCACAUAUCAUUUACCGCCAGACACAAAAAAGUGAAACUUCGGUAAGAUUAAAAAAGGGUCGUAAUACCAAAAUGUCAACAAUGAAUCUAUCACAUAUUCAAAAACACUUUCCCAAACGAUAUUGACAAAAAUGCAAAAAAUCUCAUUCAUAAAGCUUUAAUUUCAUGUUAAUUUCAGCGCUUUGUCAAUUAUUGUUUACAGAAUCAGCAGGCCGCAAGUCAUUCUGAUUGGAGCAAGCUGAAUCCAGUACGUGAUAACGUAAGGCUUCCAAAAGAAUUGAAAUUUUCAAGAUUGUUCAAACAGUCUAGCCAGUCAACUAAAGAAGCAAAUGUUGAUCACCAAACACGUCUUGGCAGACUUGAUUGUGAGGCAUUCCAAGUUUAGGCUAACUAAAGCUUGAUUUUAACGCUACAGCAAUUCAUUUCAUUCAGCAUUUCAUAAGCUACUUUGAUUGCUUUUGCUCUUGCAAAAACAAUGACAUGACUGAAUUGAAAUGACCGAUACACUCAAAGCCUGCAUAGACCACUUUGUCUGUGGUACCACCCUACAUGUGGGCCCUCCAUGUCCUUCAUUCUACAAGAGCCAGUGCGUAGAUGAGUGUGAACACUAGGGCCCAUUCAGACAAGUGUUUUAAGUGAGUGUUGCAUCACCAAUUAUGAGGUCCGUAGGCCUGUUCUAGAGAGCCAUCUAGUGGCCCGUUUGUGGUCUGACAAGAGAAAACUGUUGUGGUUGUAAUCUGAACCUGUCUGUAAAACUAGAUUUAUGUGAGGUUUAUUACAUACUUCCCUUUCUAUGGCAUAGCUGGCACAGUAACUUUCUAAAGACAAUAAAACGAUGCCAAAGUA